UGGAGCCCCCCACAGUGUUACAGACUGCAACGAUUAAUAUAGGUUGAUAGACCUAUCCUUAUUACCGAAAACUGAAGGUCACUGCGCGUUGUUUGAUCCCAAGUUUUCACGCUCAUGAUUUCGACAUGCAUAAUCUAACAUAAAGAUUAUGGGGAAUUGUUUUGGAUUUCGAAGUGAAAGUUCUUACCUUCUGGAUCAAGAGGUUUACGAAACUCAAGAUGAUCAGGAUGAAAGCCCUAGGACAGAUCAUCAGGUGCCUAUUUAUCAUAUAAGUCCAGGCUUGCCUAUUCUUGCAUCCGAUCUGACAGAGGAGGAACAAAUACAAAUUGUUAAACGUAUUCACAUGCUUCAAUUUCUUCCUCUAACAAAUUAUGUACCUGUGAAUAAGGAGAAAUUAAGAGAGUGUAUUAUAUGCAUGAAUGAUUUAAAACUUGGAGAUGAAGUACGUUACCUGCCCUGUCUACAUACUUAUCAUCGUAUAUGUAUUGAUGAAUGGCUUAUGCGUUCAUUUAGUUGUCCUACAUGCCUUUUAAAUUUAGAACCAGAUACUUCACUGACUACAACAACAACAACAACAGUAACGGUGCCAAGAACACAAAUUCUGUUCUCAUCAGAAAAUACUGUUGCACCGACAGUGACGUGUGAUUCAUCCCCAACAACAAAUAAUACUACUAACCCUGUUAUAUCAUCCACAGAAGUAGUAGUAUCUCCUGGAUUUAAUCAGUCAUUAGCAAAUGACUAUUGCCCAAAUAUCAACUGAUACUCAAUCAGUGUAAUAUCGAUCAUUGACACGCUUCAGUCAUCUGUGAUAUAUAUAUAUAUAUAUAUAUA